GAAAAAAGCUCAACCGUACCCCCACCCUUAAAAUCGUCAAGGAGGUCUGAAAUUGCAAGCUUCAUUGAGGUCUUAAGAGGGGAGAUGGAGCAAGAGGUGAUCGAAUCAGAGAUGAUCUUACCUACACACCUGAGUUUCAAAAAGAUUCAAAUGCAUGACAAGUACCCAAAGGGGCAAGCUAGAGGGAGGCACUGGAAGCAUCUCAAACAAAUCAUACAAGCUGAAAAUUACCAUAAUUACCCCCCUCAUCAACCCAAUUAUGUUAAUAUCGAGUCGCCACCAUCGAUGCACCCUCGGAAGCAAAUUUGUGAUAUUACUGGAUUUGAGGCUCCUUAUAGCGACCCAAGAACCCAUCUACGGUAUGCAAACACCGAAGUGUUUAAGCUCAUCAGAUCACUUCCUAACGAGUAUGUGCAAAGAUAUCUCGCUCUUAGAAAUGCUGCAGUUGUUCUCAAGUAAUUCCUCAGAAUAUUUUUUUGUCUGUUAGUUGAAUUGGUCCUUAUGUGUCUGUGGUACCUAUCUGAGACUAGAAUUUUAGUGAUAUGAGAAACUUUUUCUGAUCUAAGAA